AUGGACAGCCCCAGCAAUGCUACCAUGCCACGGGGUUUUCUCCUUCAGGGCUUCUCUGAGUUUCCACACCUGAGGCCUGUGCUCUUCCUGCUGCUACUGGCUGUGCACCUGGUCACCCUGAGUGGGAACCUGCUCAUCCUGGUGGCAGUGACCUACAUGCCCAGCCGGCCACCCAUGCUGCUUUUCCUAUGCCAGCUGUCAGCCAUUGAGCUUUGCUACACGCUGGUGGUGGUGCCCCGCUCCCUGGCUGACCUGGCUGCACCCUGCCUUGGCCUUGGCAGGGGCUGCCCCAUCUCUUUCCUGGGCUGCGCUGUUCAGAUGCAGAUGUUCGUGGCACUGGGUGGGGCCGAGUGCUUCCUGCUGGCCGCCAUGGCCUAUGACCGCUACAUGGCCAUCUGCCACCCGCUGCGUUAUGCGGCAGUGGUGACCCCGGGGCUGUGCGCGCGACUGGCCCUGGCCUGUUGCCUUGGGGGACUGACAGUGUCUGUGGGGCUCACGGUGGCGGUCUUCCACCUGCCUUUCUGUGGUUCCCACCUGCUGGUGCAUUUCUUCUGCGACAUCACAGCGCUGUUGCACCUGGCCUGCACGCAGAGCUACAUGGAUGAGCUGCCCCUGCUGGGUGCCUGCCUGGUGCUGCUGCUACUGCCCUUGGUACUCAUCUUGGCUUCCUAUGGUGCCAUCGCCACCGCCCUGCACCACCAGCACUCGCCUGGGGGCCGGCGCAAGGCUGCCUCUACCUGUGGCUCACACCUGGCUGUCACCUUUCUGCAUUAUGGCUGUGCCACCUUUAUGUAUGUGCGGCCUAAGGCCAGCUACUCCCCGCAGCGGGACCGCACACUGGCGCUCAUCUACACCAAUGUCACACCGCUGCUCUAUCCAUUCAUCUACAGCCUGCGCAACUGUGAGGUCAUGAUCGCCAUCCGCAGGGUGCUGGGGCGAUGGCAGCUGGGCCAACCACAGGGUCAAUCUGUAUGA